AGUUGCAAACUUGUUUAUAUGAAGAAGCAAGCAAACCUUAAAUCGGUUAAUCAUACUCGCGUGGGUUGCAGGUGUUUAAGAUGCUGGCUAAUAAAGAGUCUCUGGAGCAGAUCAUCGUGGCCUCGCCGGGACUCAGCUCUGACCCCGUGGCUUUAGGUGUGCUCCAGGAUAAGGAUCUGUUCGUUCAGUUCACAGACCCCAAGCUGCUGGACAUGCUGAUCCAGUCUCACCCGGCGCUGGUCAACGCCAUCAUCCUGGUCCUGCACUCCGUGACCGGCAGCAGCUCCUCACGAAACCCCGCCUCCACCUCCUUCAGUGAGAUGCCAGGAGGUUUUCUGUUUGAUGGCAUGUCGGAUGAUGAGGACGAUUUCCAAUCGCAGGAAAGCAGAGGCGGUUCGUCUCGAGCCCAGCGAGGGUCUGCAGGCUCCAGACCGCUGACGUUUGGUCACAGCGGAGCCACGGGCCCCAGACCCAUCACUCAGAGCGAGCUGGCAUCUGCACUAGCGUUAGCCAGCACUCCGGAGAGCAGUGGCGUCACACCGACACGGAGCGCUCAGGAGGUGUCUUCCAGCGGAGCGUCAGGAGCUCGCGUCAGCAGCAGUCUGUUCAGUCACGCGCUGCAGCAGGCGCUACAGGCCUCUAGCGUGAGCUCACCUCAGGGCCGCUGGCAGACGCAGAUGCAGCAGUUGAGGGAUAUGGGCAUCCAGGAUGAGGAGGUGGCUCUGCGAGCGCUAACAGCCACAAACGGAGAUCUGCAGGCCGCUCUCGAGCUCAUCUUCUCUGGUGGUGGAGGAGGAGGAGGACUCUGAUGUGUGUGUUUGGCCUUUAGAUGCUGUGAAGUGACCAGCACUGGCUGUUAGUUCACUGUCAAACACAAUCUACCUUUGCCUUAAAAACAUGCUUUGUUUGUUUUUUACUUUAUCUAAAUAAAGUUUAAUUAUAGAAUG